CUAUGGGAGAAAGAACAAUUUGCAGUCUGGGACAAUUUAGAUGAUGAAGCCAGCAAACACCAGCUCCUCAGUCGAUCAGUUCUUCAUGAGGUACUUUGGGAAUAAUCAGAGCUGUAUCACUACUGCAAGUGUCUGCGAUACCCCUAAAUAAAUUUGUGGCUGUCUGAUGAUCCACAUUCAGAGAGACAGAAGCAGCUGGAGCGAUGUGAUGAGGUCUGCUGUUCUCAGCCCAGCGGUUGCACAACCUGAACAGUCCAGCUACAAUGAAAAAUACCUGUCCUCCUUAACCCAAAGCAUUCAUAGGGAAGGCCUGAAGAUGUGCAGCUCGUCUGAAUCUCCAGCAUCAAUAGCGACAGAUGACCUGGAUUUGGCCUGUUCCGCAGAAAGAGCCAUUUUCUCGUAUAUCAGUGGCAUAAAGACCGACUCAUCCUAUAAUCUCUCUGCUGGAGAGAUAUCGCAGACUGGUGAAACACUGUCCCCUAGCUUGUUCUCCUCUUCCCUGUCCACCUCAUUUUUCAGUGCCUUUUCUCCAUCCUUCUCAUCCCCUUCCUCCAGUCACUCUUCAGGCUCCAUGUCGGAGCAGUGUUUGGCUUCUCCAUCACUUUCAGCUCUCUGUGGUCCACCUGAGACCCAGGAGCUUCUCUACAGUUGCACACCACAGACUCCAGAGCAACGCCUGUAUCCAAAAUCUCCUAAGCAAGAACCAACUGCUGAAUUUCAUCUUUGUAGCAAGAAGCUUCUGGACAAGCAAGAACGUUUCCAGUAUCCCUGCAGUGACUCCAAGCAGCAUCUUAACUUUCAGCAUUUUCAGACAAAAGAGCAGUUCAAGAAUGGUUUGGCAUUAAGCGGAGUCGAGGGAAUGAACGGGCAUCUAAGUGAACAGCAGCCCUGCAAAUGGAUGGAUUGUAGGGCUACCUAUGGGCAGAAAGAAGAACUGGUGAGGCACAUAGAGAAGAUCCACAUAGAUCAGCGGAAAGGGGAGGAAUUUACCUGCUUUUGGGCAGGAUGUGUUCGUCGACACAAGCCCUUUAAUGCUCGGUACAAACUGCUCAUUCACAUGAGAGUGCAUUCUGGUGAGAAGCCCAACAAAUGCAUGUUUGAAGGCUGCAAUAAGGCAUUUUCACGUCUGGAGAACCUGAAGAUCCACCUGCGCAGCCACACCGGAGAGAAGCCCUACAUUUGUCAGCAUCCCGGCUGUCUGAAGGCCUUCAGCAAUUCUAGCGAUCGAGCUAAACACCAGCGUACACAUUUGGACACGAAACCGUAUGCCUGUCAGCUCCCAGGAUGCACCAAACGUUACACUGAUCCCAGCUCACUGCGCAAACACGUCAAAGUCCACUCCAGCAAAGCCCUGCAGGCACAAGACAAGGUCCAGCUGCACAGUCCAGUGGAGCAGGAUGUUGUGGACUUGCAGCAUCUUCAAGGCUCUAGUCCUUCAGUGCGCAGUCCUGAGCACAGGUGUCCCGUCUCUCUCACUGAGAUCCAUCAGGACGGCUUCAGUGUAUACUCAGAGGAGGAUGAAUCCUGCAGCAGAGUCUUAUCAGGAUCCUCUAGUGUGACUCUGGAGCGACUGAGCAGACCCAGCAGCAUCAGUCCUCACAACCGCCUGCACAAUAACAACAUCAACAGCCAGCCGAGACUUUCUCCACUUGUUUGUGGAAUCAACCUGGUCAGUGGUACCAAUGAAGUCCCGUCUGUCCCUGAAAAACACAGCUCCUUCCUUAACCCACAUCAAAAUCUCAACCAGUUUAAUGAAGUGCCAAUAAAUCCCAACGUUUUUCAGGCCACUUUUAAUCACGUUGAGCAGAUUUUCAAUGAUGGACGAGAUGAUCUGCAAAGCUUUGAGCUAAAUGGGUUUCCUUUGGCGUGUGUGAGAUCCACUGUAGGCUUCAGCCAAACCCAAGACAUGCAGACGAGGAGUGGGAAUUGUCCUGCUAACUGUCCUCAUCCGGUUGGGAUCUAUGAGCGCUGCCUCAGUCAGAUCUGCUCUCUGUAGAUGCAGCUUUGCACCUAAGAGCAACAGAAAAAAAAGUACACGAAAGCAUUGAAUUUGAGGAACUCAGUUCAGAAUGAAGGACUG